AUGCGUUCCGCCCGGAGGGGCGCCCCCGCCGCGCUGCGCCUCCCCGCCCCGCUGGUCCCUUCGCUGGGACUGUUGCUGUUGCGGUUGCUGUGGUGCCCACACUCUGCGCGGGGUGACUGUGGUUUCCCCCCAGAUAUGCCUAAUGCUACAGUACUGUUGGAAAAUCGUACGAUUUUUCCUGAAGGAACCGUAGUAGGAUAUCAUUGCAAUCCCGGUUUUGUGAAAAUUAUUGGAAAGGUAAACGUAGUGCACUGUCUUGAGAACGGUCAAUGGACAACGCCCGAAGUAUUUUGCCAACGUAGCUGUGGGACUACACCCAGAGUACCUUAUGCACAUAAGAAAGAUAUUUAUAUCCCAGUGAGUUAUCACCCAGUGGGUUUCGUUGUGGAAUAUGAGUGUAAUCCAGGCUUCGCAAGGAACCAUUCCAUAUCAGGGAACGUAACUUGCCUUGAGGAUUAUACGUGGAGCAAAUCGGAAAUAUUUUGCUAUAAAAAAUCAUGUCCUGAUCCUGGAAAAAUAGAAAAUGGUCAUAUCAAUAUACCAACUGACAUAUUAUUCACCUCACAAAUCUACUUCUCAUGUGACCCAGGGUACAAAUUAGUUGGUGUAAAUUCUACUUACUGUGAUUAUGAAGGAGAUGAUAUGAUUUGGGAAAAUCCAUUUCCAGUGUGUCAAGAAAUUCCUACAACUACUCAGAAACCCAGCACAACGGAUGUUCCAAGUACCAGAACCCAGUCAACUACUCAAAAAACCUCCUCUGUAGAUGUUACAGUAACCCAGAAUCAAAUUGUUUUCACGCGACAAAGCACCUCUAAAGGAAGUGGAUUCCUUACAGCAGGGGUGCCUGUCAUUGCAUCUGGGCACACAUUUAUGACACUGACAGUUUUGUUUAUGAUGCUGGUAGCCACUGGCUACCUGACUUAG